GUUAUCUAGUGUAACAAAUGUCUCGCUGCCAUCAUCAAGUCCUGGCGAGGAGGGAGGAGUUUUUUAAUGUUCAGUUUGUUCUGUGGAUCGAUGUUUGCUGGCAUCACCUCACAGCGCCUGUGCUGCUUGUGACAUAGUAUUUCAUACAAGCGGGGGUUUGUCUGUCCUUUCCGUCUGUUUCACGCCUUCGCCGGAUUUGUUGUUUGACAGUAGCCUACUCGCCUUGUGACUUUCGCAAAAGAAACGGAAAGACAAGAAAAGAAUCCGCCAUAGACCUACGAUAUCAGGAGGUACAAAAAGAGGACCCGUCCUGACACCUGAACUGCUAAGACAGCGUUUCUCAUUCUGGAUUUUAAAAAGGACGACCCCAGUACGGCUAAAUUCUAAGUACAUAGUGGUUCUGUUUGUAUGGACUAUAAUACAUCUCAUACACAUUCCACCCGGACACUGUCUGCCUGAACUGCAAGUCCAAAAAUGCCAAGAAGAAAACAGGAGGCGCCGAGACGGGCUGCGGUGUAUUUCCCCGAGGAUGAGUCUGGCUUACCAGAACCCAUUAUGGAGGAAGGGGAGGGUGAAGACAAGGAGACCCAGAGCGAGGACGCCGCCAGCCCAGAAGCCCCCAGCCCUAAAGCUCCAGAACCGGAGAAGGAGACGGACAACAAGAGCAGCUACAGCUUCCAGAACUCUCCGCUAAGUGCAAUGUCCAAUCAGGAGCUGGAGCUUGAGUCCCACCUCAGCGACAACAGUGACCGCCUCUCCGACUUCAAAACGUCGGUGUCUUCCCCCCAGAGCCAGAAGGAAGAGGAGGGGGGCCGUGUGUCGAAGUUGAAAGACGACAUGCACAACAGCCUGGAGAAGAUGAGAGCUGCCUAUGCUAAUUUCCUGUCAGACUCCUACUGGACAGGAAUCGGGGUGGAUGUGAAGGCUAGCACUGGCACUGGCACUGGCACUAGCAGCGGCAAAGCGAACUGUGACAGCACCAAUGCCAGCACGCCAGCCAAGAGCGAGUUUGACUGGCACCAGGAUGCCCUGUCCAAAACGCUGCAACAGACCCUGUCUCCUAAGCCCAGUGUGGCCAAGCCUAACCUCUUCAGUUCUGUGCACUUGUACCGGCAGAGCAGUAAACCCGGUGGCACUGGCCUCACAGGAGCCAGCCGUUUCCGUUGCAAGGGCUGCAGCGCCGCCUACGACACACUAGUUGAGCUAACAGUCCACAUGAACAAGAGCGGGCAUUACACGGAUGACAACCACAGCAAACCGAGCAUCGCCUCCACCUCCUCGUCCAAAAGCCGCAAGAGGAACCUACAGGACAUGGAGGGUAAAGAGGAUGCCCAAAAAGUGCUCAAAUGCAUGUUCUGUGGCCAUUCGUUUGACUCCCUUCAGGAUCUAAGUGUUCACAUGAUCAAAACUAAACAUUACCAGAAAGUGCCUUUGAAAGAACCAAUUCCCGUACUCACCCCGAAAUUAGUUCCACCCACAAAGAAACGUGUGUUUGAGGUUACCAGGCCAUGCUCUCCUGACUCCACAACUGGGGCAGCAGGCUACGCUGAGGCUCAGAGAUCCGCCUCAGCCCUCCAUGCCAACACUCCUAAUAAUCGCUACGGUUACCAGAAUGGUGCUAGCUACACAUGGCAGUUUGAGACAUGCAAGUCCCAAAUACUGAAGUGCAUGGAGUGUGGAAGUUCCCACGACACCUUGCAGCAACUGACCACUCACAUGAUGGUCACAGGACACUUCAUUAAAGUGACGAACUCUGCGUCCAAAAAGGGAAAGCAGUUAGCUCUUGACCCGCUAGCCAUAGAGAAGAUGCAAGUGCUAGCUGAGCCUGUUUGUAAUGAGACUGAGGGUGGUAAGACCUCUCCAAAAAGUGCUGCGUCAGCCGAUGGAGAGAAGACCGCCCAGACAGACAAAACACUGGAAAAAGAGGAGGAAAAUGAAGAUAAGGAAUUGAAGGAAGAUCAAAAGCCAAACGAUGGCUCUCUGAAAUAUCCCUACCUGCGAGAGGAGGACCUGGAACAACAGGGAACAUCAGGAGGUGAGGACAUCUUAAAGUCUUUAGCUAAUACCGUAGCGUCUGCCAUCAACAAAGCCCAAACAGGAACCCCGAGCUGGAGCGCCUACCCCAGCAUUCAUGCCGCCUAUCAACUCUCAGGCGUGAUCAAGAGCACACCUCUGGCAGCAUCUCCCCCCAUUCCACUCAAACAGACUUUCAACCCCAAGCUGAGGCCCAUUGCGCCCAAGGGAAAAUUUUAUCAGGGAAGCGGGUCCUUUGAAGAGUUGCAGGGACACCAAGGCUCUGACCUUAAGAAGGAAACGCAAAGCAAAGAGGGGGACACUGAUGCAAAGGAAAGCAACAGCUUGAAGUUAGAUGUGGAGGAGAGUGUUGACAGUGACUGUCAGGAUGAUUCCUCCUCCUCUUCAAAGCUUGACACAGAUUGUGGGUCUGAAGGAAGGAGUGUGAUCAAAGAGAAGCAGAGCCCGGCGCUCCUAGAGAGCGGCAAAACCUCCCCCAUCCCCCUCGCCAUCCCUGUCCCCGUCCCUGUCCCUGUUUCCAUCCCUCCUGCCAACAGUAGCCACAAUGGUGUUUCCGAGCUCCUCGGUGACACCCAAGACAUCCUUAGCAUAAAUCCGCUAAGUGCACUACAGUCUGUCUUGAACAAUCAUUUGGGUAAAGCUAAUAAGCCAGCCAAUCCGAGAGCUGAAAGCACUCUGUCUGCCCGCACACAGUCCAUAUUUUCAGAACUGAGCAGAGGCCUUGAAAAGUCCGUAUCUGCACUCGGUUCCUCUGCGGUUCCUGGCAACAGCUUCAUGUUCGCAAACAAUGAUCAGCCAAUAGACUUAACUAAGUAUAAAAACAACAAGAGAAGCUCAACUCACGUCCAGCCAUCCACACCAGUGCCACAAAAGCAUGCCCUGUCAGACAUAGCCGACAUGGUGAAGAUCCUCCCCAAGGCUACUACUCCAAAGCCAUCCUUGCAAUCCAGGAUUCCCGCCCUGAAGCUCGAGACAGACGUCAGGCGGUUUGAGGAUGUCUCCGGUGAAGUUUACUCUGUGCACAAACGUAAAGGCAGGCAGUCCAAUUGGAACCCCCAGCACCUCCUUAUACUACAGGCUCAGUUUGCCUCUAGUCUCUUUCUGACGUCCGAGGGCAAGUACCUCCUGUCUGACCUGGGCCCACAGGAGAGAAUGCACAUCUCAAAAUUUACUGGUCUCUCCAUGACAACCAUUAGUCACUGGUUGGCCAAUGUGAAAUACCAGCUCCGUAAAACGGGUGGCACCAAGUUCCUGAAGAACAUGGACACUGGGCACCCAGUGUUUUACUGCAACGAUUGUGCGUCCCAGUUUAGGACACCCUCAGCGUUCAUAGCCCACCUGGAGUCUCACCUUGGCUUUCAGAUCAAAGACAUGAACAAGUUGCCCUUGGAUCACCAGACCAAGGUCAUGGCUGAGCCAGAACUGCCUAAGGCUCUGUCCAUUCGAGCGCUGGAGUCCGUGACCACAGAGGAGGAAGGUGACUCUAAGUUCAAAUGCAAACUCUGCAGUCGGACAUUUGCCAGUAAUCACGCCGUCAAACUUCACCUAAGCAAAACACAUAGCAAAUCACCAGAGAACCAUUCUCAGUAUGUCGAAAUGGACAAGGAGUAGUGUCUUCUUGUCUUUUUACUGCUUGUAGUUUUCUUGAUCCUUCAGAGUCAUUGCUUUGUUUUUUUUAUUUUGUUUGUUUCUCAAUUUUCUUACAGGAAAAAAAAAACGGGUCACGUUUUCCCAUGACAUUUAUUUCAUUAUUAUUAUAUUGUGUGGUUAUUAAAAUGAUAAGAUAACUUUAAAAAAACAAACACAAAGAGGAACAUUGUGGACAUGGAAGCUGGACUAAAAAUGAAGAGAAACCCUUUCAUCAUUUCUAAUUGUAAAUUCAUCGACUGAUACUUGCACCCUGCUUAUGUGCUUCACCAGUAAUAAUGAACUGUAUUACUGCUUGAAACAUGAAAAAAAUGCUAAUGUUUGCAUGCAAUAGCUCUGGCUAUGACUACUAUUUAUUUGUAUGAUAUGACAUUUUUAUUGUAUUACUUUGUUAAACAAAGAGUAUUUGGUUCCCCUAAUGGUAAUUUUUCCAACUUUUAGCAAAAACACCUGCAUGAUGCACCAAUGUGUCAGCGGGUGAUGGCAUUGCUCCACGUUAGCACAUUUACUGAAGUGUACAGUACGUUUGCUUUGUAAAUAUUUUUUGUCGCAAAUGAUAGAAGAGGAAAGCACUUUAAUAAAUGUUUAAUCACCAGUUCGGGCUCAAAAUCAGUACAUGGGCUGACAGUACAGGUCUUGGAAGGUUCAGAUGAAAAAAAGAAAAAACAUGGUGUCCCUUAUAAGUGUAAAUACGGCAUUGUGACUGAUCUUGUGAAGAACAUUGAGAGAACGGGAACCUGCAACUUUUAUACCAAUAUAAAUAAAACAUUAACAUUUU